AUAAGAAAAAUAAUAAUAAUGUCAAAAGGAUGGUCUAAGUACCUAGUCCUGUGGCUGGCUAUAUGGCUGCCACAGGGAUCCAGCCAGAAUAGCAGCCUGCGGGUCAACACAAAUGUCAAGGACAUCGAGGCGGGCGCCAGAACCUUGGCUUCGAUCCAGGGGCCAGGAAAUAUUUGCAUACGCGAGGAGCCCUACGUCGAGCAGAUCCAGAUCCCGGAGAUGCAGCCCGUGCGCGUGCGCACCUCCAGCUGGUGCAUGGAGAUCCCGCCAAGGUGCGCCACAUACAAGACGGAAAUGCGCGAGGUGAUGCGAGUCCAGAAACUAAACAAAACUCGGACUGUUCGUUUCUGCUGCCAAGGCUACGAGGGAAACCUCUCCGACAACCAGGCCACCUGCAAGCCCAUCUGCCGAGGAGGAUGUGGGCGCGGCAGUUGCGUUAUGCCGGAAAUCUGCAGCUGCGAAGAGGGAUAUAUAGGAAAGCACUGCACUCAGCGCUGUGACCACGAUCGCUGGGGGUUGGAUUGCAAGAAUAUUUGCCAGUGCCAGAAUGGAGCUGCCUGCGACAAUAAAUCUGGGAUAUGCCACUGCCUGGCUGGUUGGGCAGGGCAAUUCUGCGAGCAGCCUUGCCCCCAAGGAACACAUGGCAUUAUGUGCCGCAAGGCUUGUGAUUGUGACGAAAAGCCAUGCAACCCGCAGACCGGAGCCUGCAUCCUGCACGAUCACCAGCCAGAGUUGAAUGUCAGCCACGUUAUCGUGGAAACGGUCAACUCCACCCUGGAAAAGAUGGGCAUUAUUCCGCGUCCCGUCACCCCCAGUCCCCUCCCAGAAGUCAUUGUAAUCAAGCAGCCUGCGGGUCAGGAAAGUGGUCAUCACACGCCCAAGAUUAUUGUCCAUCAGUCCGGCAGCGAACUCCUUGAGAAUCUUCACUCUUCUGCUCCCGGUAUACCGGCUCCAGAGGUCAUCCACGUCAUUACCAACGGGAUUACCUCGCCGCAGGAGCAUCUGGCCGGAUUCUCCGGAUUGGAUUCCAACACCAGCCAAUCAGGAGCAGCGAAUUCCCAAACGGGGGUGGUGACCACACUGGUGGUCAUCAUGCUAUUCCUACUCUUUGCCAUUGCAGCUGGCGCGUUGUAUGUGUACCGGAGGUAUCAUCACAAGGACUCUGCGGUUUAUAAUUCCAAUGGAGUAGUGAAGACGCAGUCCUUAAACCCGGAGGUCGUCCUUACCGAGGCCUCAGCACUUGGGAAGAAUUUCCACGAGCCCCUGCCGGAGCCGCCCAUAAUAUUCGCGGUUUCCCCGCAGUCAAACGAGGCUCCAGCUGAACUGUACGACACGCCGAGCAAUAACUCAUCAAUAAAAACACCGCCCUACGCCUAUGCCAGGAAGGAGUCCCUCUACUCGGUGAUCACGCCCAAGUCUCGCAAGGGCAGCCUGGACUCACACCUGUACGAUGAGAUCCGCUACCACCAGCAGCACCACCAUCAGCACCACCAACCGCACCAGCAACGAAACCACCAAGGUCAGCACUCCGCCACGGCUUCCGCCUUUCUGCCAGCCAGGCCGCCUUCGAUGCCAAUGGUUGAACAAUUUGCCGGCGGAAACCACCAGUCCCACCAACGAUCCCACCACGUUACCCACUUGAUCAUACCGCCCCAGAAUGCCAAUUUCCUCCAGGUGCCGGCCCAAAUUACUGCCAAGCGAAUAGCCCAUCUGUGAGGAACGGUUGGAACAUUUUCGAUAAUCUUAUAAUGUUUCUAUCAGUACGAUAUGGUUCCCUGUAGGUUCCAUUAUUCCAACUUGAUGAAGUGUACAAAUCUUUAAUAUUUUGCA